GCCUUACCCUUAUGGAGGUUACAUGAGCAAGGAGCAAAAUAUAUGCUAUGGAGAAAAGGCAGGGAGGGAAGAUCUGGAAUUGCUGGGGAAAGCGGCUGCAAUUUUAAACAGGUUGUAAGGGGGGCUUCACUGAAAAGGUAAUAUUUGAAUAAGGACCUGAAGGAGAGAAAGGAAGGAGAAAGCCCAACCUGAACAUUUUUCUUGGUAGACUCAGCUUCAAAAAAAAAAAGGGCAAGAGCAAGUGUAAGUCCCUGAGGCGGGAGCAUGUCUGUCUUGUCAGAGGAACAAUGAGGAGGCCAGUGCGGCUCCCUCAAGACCAGUGAGGGGAAUAGAAGGAAGAGACGAGAUCAGAACAGUACUAGGGCUCUGAUCUUCAUGAAGGGCCAUUCAUUUAUUGGAUAUUUUACCUAGUGGCAAAAUCACACAUCAUCCUCCAAGGGAAGAAACUCUCAAACCUGAGCGGGCAGGAGACAGAGAACAGAUGGCAAAAGCAUUGGAAGGCCCUUAAGCCGGCUUCGCUGUCCACUGUGAGUCCCUCUGGGCAGCUCAUGCGCUAGGUCUGUUAGUCAGGACGCUGGAACCAACCAUUCAUGCUGAGAAUCCUGGUUUCGUCCUUCCUGACCACUAGAUGCGGUUGAAUCGCAAUGGUCCAAGCAGGAUAUACUAUUUCCAUCCCAAGAACCUCUCUUAGGAACCGCAAGUCUGGUCCCCAGUGGGUGUGUCUGCUGAGCAACAAUUGUGGGCGGAAACAGUCUGAGCCCCGCCCCAGAGGACGCCGGUAUUUCAGGACCUUCAUCUUUAAGCUCUACCCCCUCAACUUUUUGAAAGGGCGGGGCGACGAGGGCAGCUGUCACCGUCUUCUCUCCACCCCGCUGGCUCUCACGUGUGGCCGGCUGUUCAAUAACAGCUCUUCUUCCGGGACUUCCUGGUCGCUGCGACCAAUCAGAGUGUUCUCCCCGUCCUUACCAUUGUCAGCCGCUGCCAAUCGGCGCGUCUCUACCAACGCCCCUUAAAGGAGCCGCCGACGCCUCUGGAGCCGGGACCGACCAAUUCCUCGGUUCCUGCCUCCAACUGCAGUAUGGAGUCGCCCCGGGGGCGGCCUGGGCCCCAGGCGGACCUUCUGGCUCCGGGGGAACAGCAAGCCGCAAUCUUAGGUGGCGGGCCGAGCCGAACGCCCUCUGAGCCGCCCUCAGGCCUCCGGUUAUCCGAGGAGGAAGAGGCCGAGAACGUUGGGGGCACGAGCCGCCACCCCAGGGCGUCCCCGAAGACUUCGAGCUGCAGCGUCGUCCACCCGCCGGAGCGGGAGGCUCGGGAGGACGAGCCUGGCCGCGGAGGCACGCCGUCUGGGGCGGGGAGCUGCCGGGGGGUGCCGGGUCCCGAGCACGACCCGCAUGGGUCCUCCCGGCGCAAGGACCCUGAGCCGCCGGAGGACAAGCCUGCAUCCGAGAGGGCGUGCCGUCGAGGGAGCCCGGGAGGCGGCGGGAUGGAUGCUGAGCAGGAGGAGGAAGACGACGAGGAGGUGGCGGCAGCCGGCAGGGUUGGCCGCUCGUUCUCCAGCCGCCUUCAGGACAGCCGCAGCCUGGACGGGCUGAGCGGGGCGUGCGGCGGCGUUGGGUCCGCAGCGGGUGCCGAGUCUGGUGCGGGCGGCGGGCGUCGCGCCACUAUCUCCAGCCCCCUGGAGCUCGAAGGCACGGUGAGCCGCCACGGCGACCUCACUCACUUUGUCGCCAACAACCUGCAACUCAAGAUCCGUCUGAGCGGUGCUCCUCAACCCCCGCCUCCUGCCCCUGCGCGGCCCUGUUCAAUGCCCGCACCCACUCCGGCCAUCCCCCCCAUCGACCCCGACGUGCUGCGGGACCUGGAGCGUCUGAGUCGGGAGCUGGGCGGCAGAGUGGACCGUCUGCUUCGCGGGCUGGGUGGCGCCGUGCAGGAGCUGACAGCGCUGAGCGUGGGCUGCAUCCAGACCUACCGCGACGCAGUGGACUCCCUAGGCGAAGCCGUGGACAUGAGCAUCAAGGGCAUGUACACCCUGCUGGCACGCUGCGAGGAGCUGGAACGGGCUCUGCAGCCGGUUCAGGGGCUGGCGCGCCAAGUCCGGGAUAUUCGACGCACGCUGGAGGUGUUUGAGGCCCUGUGCAAGUGACCAGGAGAGCAGGAGAGGCCAGGCCAGGCCAGGCUAUGCCAGGGCCCAGCAGGAUCCUAAGGACUCUUCAAGGAGCCCUGGUGGGAACUGCCUGCUGAGCCUAGGCCUAUAUAUUGGAGGCUCUUCCAGAUGCAUUUAGCAAGGCUGAAACCGUUUGCUGGGCCUUAUGUGGUUGUAUAUGGGGAAGUUCUAAAGGCUCUCCUGGUGGGAGGGGAUGAUGCUCUGCUUCUAUUCAGUUGGCCAUCUGUAGCUACCUUGUUCUCCCCAACUCUCUUCCCUAGCUAGAGUACCAUCCCUGGGAACCCAGGGCUUUAGGUCUCAGGGUGGGAGACAUGACUGCCACAUGUGAUCAAGAAAGUAAAACAAAGGAGGCCCCAGCCCCCACUGUGGCCACCCUAACUCCAGUGGCUAUAUCUCAGGUGCCAGGGACUGUGGGAGCUUGAGUGGUCUUCGGCGACACACCAUGCAGACAAGGAUGCACACCUGCAGAUGGAUAACCUCCUGCUUCUGCCUGCUGGCCCCCUACCUUCCCACUUCCCCAGCCAGAACCGCAGUGGAGCUAGAAGGAAUGCAUUGCAUGGUAGAGGGGGUGAGUUGGGAGGGACUGCUCUCAGGGUUCAGGCAGAAUUGUUGCUGGUUUUGAAGCCCACUUUUGUGGCGUGUUCUAAUCAGUUUUGGCUUUCCGAAUGUUUGUGGAAUUAAAGUGCUGCUGCUGCUAA